AUGAUUGAAAAAUUUUCUGAAAGUCUUUCCAGGAAAAGUUUACCGACAGGCGCUGCAAAUAUCAUACAAGCUAAACUGGAACAGAAAAUAAAAAGCAACCACUUUUCUGAUUUUAAAGAGUCUGCUGUUCCCCCAUCAGGUGUAUGGGUUCAGCAGAAAACAAAUCGACUCAAGCAGCAAAAUAAAUUCACAAUCGAGGGAUUCAUAAACAAUUUCAUUGCUAAUAUCACGGAACAUAAGCAAUCUGUGGAAUUAGAGGCCGAAAGUAGCAGUAGUACCUCUUUUUCCUCUUUGAAAUCUGAUCAAACCGAUACAGAAAUACUCAUUGACACUGAAGACUCAGCAGAAAAAGAUUAUCGCACAGUGAGUAGAAGCCUGAAGAGCGUUAUUCAUAAAGACUUCGACUAUAAUAGUUUUUUACGCCAUAUUGAAGAACUACAAAAAGAAUGCAGCUUAUGUGCACAUGGAUUAUCUCAAGCAACGGGCUUAUUUACUGAAACAGUAAUAUCUAGUGCUAUUUUUCCUACGAAUCCUGAAUCAUACUUUGAUUACAGUUGUAUCGGUCUUACCGAAUUAACAGCACAUGUAGGAGUGAUGAUUUUACUUAUCUGGGUUUUUGGCGCAUACUAUCAAAUUGUGUUGGGGGUAAAUCAAGCUCCAAAAGCCAGCAUGUACUUAAAAGUGGUUAUAACUCUUUCUACAAGAGCUAAUCUUUGCAGGCAAAGAUUCUUUUCAAAGUCUUCCACGGUGUCUUUCAAAACCCCCUCACCUAAUAGAAGCUCCUCCGUAAAAAAGAACACCAAUCGAUUAUUUUUAAUGAAUGAGCUCUUCGAUUGUUUAUUGAUACACAAUCAACAUAAAAAAAGUGGAAAACUCUUUGCCAUAGAAAAAUUAGUAGAAAAAUUGUUUCAAUCUGCGGAUACAGCUACCAACGUAGAAAAAGCAAUCACCGAUAUUAAUCCUCCAUCGUUAGAUGUCCAAAAUGAAAGUGAAUUCGAAGACGAAGAAGAUCUAGUAAUUACUUCAUCUUCAGACUUUGACGAUGUCAAAAGGGUUACUUUGGAUUACGCACAGAAGGAUUUAACAGCCAAGGGUGUAGCAAAAGUAGGCUUAAAGAGGAUAGUUUUGCAGAAAAAAAGCACAAAGGGGGUGAGAGCGCUAUCCGCAGUUUGUAUAAUGCUAAUACUGUCAUGGAACACUGAAAAAGAAGUGGACGCUGACAACAUAUUUGAAAAGUUGUAUUGCAAUUCGCAAGAGAGUAUACUGUUGUAG